UGAUAAGGAGGCGUGGGUGGUGGGUGCUGAGGUCUGCUGCUAGCCGUUGGUGGGGCCCGCGCCUGGGUGUGCUGCAGCGGGAGGAACCCAGGUCCCGGGCCGAGGCUGCCCCGGGAAUGGUUUUAGUCAGCACAAACAUGGCUGCGGCCCUGCGAUCUGCGGGCGUCCUGCUCCGCGAUCGGCUGGUAUAUGGUGGCUCAAGGGCCUGUCAGCCACGGAGGUGCCAGUCGAGUGCAGCCACAGCAGCAGCUGCCACAGAAACAGUCCAACGUGCCAGAAGCCCCAGACCUCAAGUCCAGCCGGGGAACAGGAAGCCGAAAACUGGAAUAUUAAUGCUGAACAUGGGGGGCCCUGAAACCGUCGGAGAAGUUCACGACUUCCUUCUGAGGCUCUUCUCGGAUCGAGACCUCAUGACACUUCCUGUUCAAAAUAAGCUGGGACCAUUCAUUGCCAAACGCCGAACCCCCAAAAUUCAGGAGCAGUACCGCAGGAUUGGAGGCGGAUCCCCCAUCAAGAUGUGGACUACUAAACAAGGGGAAGGCAUGGUGAAGCUGCUGGAUGAGUUGUCCCCGCACACAGCCCCUCACAAAUACUAUAUUGGAUUCCGGUACGUCCACCCGUUAACAGAAGAAGCAGUUGAGGAGAUGGAGAGAGAUGGGCUGGAAAGGGCGAUUGCUUUCACACAGUAUCCACAGUACAGCUGCUCUACCACAGGCAGCAGCUUAAAUGCCAUUUACAGAUACUAUAACGAAGUGGGCAAGAAGCCCACGAUGAAGUGGAGCACGAUUGACAGGUGGCCCACACACCCCCUCCUCAUUCAGUGCUUUGCCGACCACAUUCUGAAAGAACUGGACCAUUUUCCACUUGAGAAGAGACGCGAGGUGGUCAUUCUUUUUUCUGCUCACUCGCUGCCGAUGUCUGUGGUCAACAGAGGGGACCCCUAUCCUCAGGAGGUGGGCGCCACUGUCCAGAGAGUCAUGGAUAAGCUGGGUUACUCCAAUCCCUACAGACUGGUUUGGCAGUCCAAGGUUGGCCCGAUGCCCUGGCUGGGUCCUCUGACAAACGAGGCCAUUAGAGGGCUUUGUGAGAGGGGGAGGAAGAACAUCCUUUUGGUUCCGAUAGCUUUUACCAGCGAUCACAUUGAAACGCUGUAUGAACUGGACAUCGAAUACUCUCAAGUUCUAGCCAGUGAGUGUGGGGUUGAAAACAUCAGAAGAGCAGAGUCUCUUAAUGGAAAUCCACUGUUCUCGAAGGCCCUGGCCGACUUGGUGCACUCACACAUCCAGUCCAACGAGCGCUGCUCCACGCAGCUGACCCUGAGCUGCCCGCUCUGCGUGAAUCCCGUCUGCAGGGAGACCAAGUCCUUCUUCAGCAGCCAGCAGCUGUGACCCCGCCAGAGCGCCGCGGGGAUUUGGCCGGUGCCCAGCCUCCAGACACCUCCGAGGUGGAGGAGGAUGUAUUUAGCAUUAGGGAGGGAGUCACAUUGAUGUGGGCGUAGCCUUUGGCCACAAAUUGUGUACCUUCUUGAGGAAUGGACUCUGAAAUCCUUAUUGAGGGGUAUUUUUAUAGACCAAUACAGUAAGCAUUUAUAGUUCCCCUCUCUGGGUUAAGUUACUAGUUUGGAAUGUCCACUAGGCUAUUUUAAAAAUGAGUUUUAAAAAUUUAUCUUAUGAGAUGCACACGUAUUUUCAAUACUGAUUUUGGUUUUAUUGCGCCCCAAAACCCCUGCAGGGGUACGGAGAGCGCCCUCUGUGGGGCUGUCAGAGUGAGUGAGGUCUGUUUACAAUCUCAUACUUGUGUUUUAAAGUGAACAUAGUUGAGUAAAUGAAAUAUAAUUUGAAAAAAGAAAGGGUACCUGAUCUUUCCGUCAGCCCCUGGGUUACAGGAUGCUGGGCCGGUGAUGUGGUUCCUACAGGGGCUGCUCUUGCCAGUGACGUCACUAGUAAUCGGUCAUUUUGGUCCUUGUAUGUGAACCUCACUUUCCUCACCAUGAAACUGAAUCAAGUGUAGGUUCCAAAAGUGCUUUGAGAUUCCCCAGGCACACAGGGCUGAUAAACAUGUAGCAAUCCCACAUUUGUCAUCCCCACCUUGGUGGGAAUCGUUGGUGCCACAGGAGAGGGGGGCUGGAAAUGCUAAUGAAGGGCUUCAUGUCCAGAGCUCCUCUCAGGACCUCGUGGACAUUUCCAUUGAGCAUCUUCUUCAUCUUGGUGGAAUGUCCCGUUUCCGCAUAUUUGUUUGAAGAUUUAUUUUAUAAAGUCAAGGACGUUUGGUAACCUCAAAUUCUUAAUUUACAAUUUUUAUUAUAAAAAUUAUGUAACCGUGCUAUAGGAAAUUUAAAAAAUAGAGAAAAGGAAAAUAACCACUCUAAUGCAACAAAUAUGAUUCAUAUUGUUGUAGUUCAUGUUAGUCUUUUCCUGUGGAUAUCUUAGAUGCCAUUGUAAUCUUGAAUUUGUGAGUGAAAAGUUGUCCUAAAAUGUAGAAAUAAUGUAGGAUCAGAGUCAGAUCUUCUAUACCUGGAUUUAUAUGGAUUUUAAAAAUCUCUGAUGGAUCCAUAGUGAAUUUGUAAGAAUUACUUUCUCUUUCCUUUAAGCCUUACAACUUUGUUCUUUGAAAGUGCCUUUCUUUUUUUUCUAUUUAAGCCAGUGAAAGUAUUAGUGGAGUCAUAGACCUUCUAUAUUCAGUAUUUACUAUAUUAAUAAAUAUGACAUCAUUAAGGUUUUAA